AAAAAAUAACGAAGAAGAGACAUGCACGGAAAUUACGGCAGUUCCGUUUCCCAAGCUAGAUAAAUAAACAAAAGGAACAUAAAAUUCGACCAUUUUGGCUCAUUCACGGUUAAAGAAAUGCUUGUUGUGAAUUAUGUAAUUUUGCCGCGAGACCUCAUGUAGGGAGCUUAGGCCGAGGAGCACUAAUUGUCAGGAUCGCUGUUGCUAGCUGGUUAGCAUGACGAGCUCGACAUGUUUAUUUUAGUACCGAAGCGACGGCACACGACAUGAUGGCAUGAUAACCUCGCACUAUUAGCAAGCAGCUGCGCUCCGCUUCGCUGUAAGGUAACCCGUGCAGACCGCGAACCGGUAAAAUUAAAAUAAUUUGCUAAGUGGCUAACAGUGUUGUGUGAUGCAUUGUUUUCCAGUUGGGCGAAAGUUCAAUGCACCACUAAUAUUCCCGUUAGAACUUUUCUUUUUCGCCAUGAUUACCUAUUCUUGCCUCUUUAGAAAAAUAAUUUCUACAGUUAUGUGGAAAUUUAAUUUAGUGUUCUUCGCCGAAGGUUGAAACUUGAUCGAAGGUGCUAUCAGGACCGAACCCCAUUGAGAUUUACACACAGUCAUCAUGGCAUGGGCUCUGAAGUUGCCACUCUCCGAUGAAGUCAUUGAGUCCGGACUGGUCCAGGACUUUGAUGCCAGCCUGUCGGGCAUCGGUCAGGAGCUCGGUGCUGGCGCAUACAGCAUGAGCGAUGUACUCGCCCUGCCCAUCUUCAAACAGGAGGAGUCCAACUUGCCUUCGGACACUGACAACAAGGUCCUACCCUUCCAGUAUGUUCUGUGUGCCGCUACCUCGCCAGCUGUUAAACUGCAUGAUGAAACACUCACCUACCUCAAUCAAGGGCAGUCCUAUGAAAUUAUCAUGCUUGAUAAUCGAAAAAUUGGUGAACUUCCGGAAAUCUCUGGUAAAAUGGUUAAGAGCAUCAUUCGUGUGGUGUUUCACGACCGCCGACUUCAGUACACGGAGCACCAGCAGCUGGAGGGCUGGCGCUGGAACAGGCCCGGGGAUCGCAUUCUGGACCUGGAUAUCCCCAUGUCAGUCGGCAUGAUCGACCCACGGGCUAACCCUACUCAGCUUAACACUGUGGAGUUCCUCUGGGAACCGUCAAAAAGAACCUCCGUUUUUAUCCAGGUUCACUGCAUCAGCACAGAAUUUACCAUGCGCAAACACGGCGGGGAAAAGGGGGUUCCAUUCCGCAUCCAGAUCGACACCUUCAAAGAGAACGAGAGCAGCGAGUACACCGAGCACCUCCACUCCGCCUCCUGCCAGGUCAAAGUUUUCAAGCCUAAAGGUGCGGACAGAAAGCAGAAGACCGAUAGGGAAAAGAUGGAGAAGAGGGCACCACAGGAGAAGGAAAAAUAUCAGCCCUCGUAUGAAACUACGAUCCUCACAGAGUGUUCCCCCUGGCCCGAGGUCACCUACACCAACAACUCUCCAUCACCGGGCUUCAACAGCACACAGAACAGUUUCCCAGUCAUAGAAGGAAAUGGAUCACCAAAUCACCAGCCUGAGCCUGUUGUUCAAGUAGCUGACAAUUUGUUACCUGCGGCGACGCCACAAGAUGCACAACAGUGGCUUCUCCGAAACCGCUUCUCGCCCUUCUCUCGUCUCUUCACCAACUUCUCAGGGGCAGACCUGUUGAAGCUGACCAGGGAGGAUGUCAUUCAGAUCUGUGGCCCAGCAGACGGCAUACGACUAUUCAAUGCACUAAAGGGACGGGUGGUCCGUCCGAGGUUAACCAUCUACGUGUGCCAGGAAUCGCAGCAGGCCCGUGAUCAGCAGAUCAAACAUGAGAACGGAGAUGCUGCAAACAUCACUUUCUUUAUAUAUCAUGCAAUCUACCUGGAGGAGCUAACUGCUACCGAGCUGACCGAGAAGAUCGCUCAGCUUUUCAACAUCUCACCCCGACAGAUCAACCAGAUCUUUAAACAGGGCCCGACUGGCAUCCACGUGCUCGUCAGUGAUGAGAUGAUUCAGAAUUUCCAGGAUGAAGUUUGUUUUGUUCUGGAUACGAUGAAGGACGACUCAAAUGACGGCUACCACAUCAUCCUGAAGUGAACCCGAUCCAGUCGGCCCUUUCUUCUAUCCAGCUUCACCCACCUUACGCUCUCCCGGAUCACAUGGAGACACCGCUUGAGGCUGCUCGGCAGAACAUGAACCACCUGUCCUCUUCAUGUCUUACUUGGGAGGGAGUGACUCUGUUACCCCGAUGACGAAGUGUAGCUCCCCUUCUCAACCAGCCGUUCUCUCCCCAACAUGGCUGCAUUUUCCUCCUCCUUUGCAUAUGUCUCCGGAAUGAGUUUGGCUGGUGUGACUGCCGCAUCUGAUGUGCUAAAG